AUGAGCGGAAAUAAGUUCCAAAGUCACUGCAUCGAAGACCAAGUGACCCCUACCACCUCCAUGGUUUCCUCACGAUCGUCCACUAAAGAGGCGAAUCGUAGAAAAAGAUGCGAGCGACGGAUACAGUGGGAUGUCGACAAUGAUAAUAAUAUGUCGCUGGAGCGGGCCUCGAAGAGACGGACUAUACACCACUCCGUGACGUCGACUGACUUAACCAAAGCAAUAUGUGGAAGAGUUGGUAAGCCACGCGAUAAAAACCAAAAGUCGAUCGCGCAUACCGGAAGCGUAGAAGCCCGUCUGAAUGAUCAGAAAGGCUGUGAACGGUAUGGUCUGGUAGCAACGGCUGGAUGUGCCGGUACGUUCAAGAUGUCCAUCGUUGCCGAUGGCGUCUGUGGACCGGAUGGAAAAUGUUUAGUAGAGUUCACGGUGUGGAAGAAAAUGAAAAGUCCCGAACUGAGAAGGCUGUGGUUUACGGUUAGACAUCGCAUGUUACCCGCAGCCACCGUCGGCAUACGAGCCCUGGAAAUCUGGACGGACCGGAAAGAAGACUAUCCGACUAAAGUGGUGUUUUUACAUAAGUGA